CGCUUGCUGCCUGCCCCCUGCCCUGGUGGGGCCGCCCCCCCGGGCUGUCAGUGGAGGGCUACGAGGCGCUAACGUUACGCUGUUUCCGGUUUUCUAGCGGGCUCUGUUUCCCCUCCCAAGGCGGCGGCGGCGGAGCGGCGGAGCCCCCCAAAUGGCCUGGCCAGAUGCGGCAGGUUUGCUGCUCAGAGCUGCCGCCGCCGCCACUGGAGAAGGCUCGGUGCAGCAGCUACAGCGACAGCAGCAGCAGCGGCAGCAGCAGCAGCGGCAGCAGCAGCGAGAGGAGCAGCAGCAGCAGCAGCAGCAGCAGCAGCAGCAGCGAGAGCAGCAGCAGGAGCAGCAGCAACAGCAGCAUCUCCCGUCCCGCUGCGCCCCCAGAGCCGCGGCCGCCGCAACAGCCGCAGCCCCGCAGCCCCGCAGCCCGGAGAGCCGCCGCCCGCUCUCGAGCCGCAGCCGCCGGCGGCAUGAGGCGCGACCCGGCCCCCGGCUUCUCCAUGCUGCUCUUCGGUGUGUCGCUCGCCUGCUACUCGCCUAGCCUCAAGUCGGUGCAGGACCAGGCGUAUAAGGCACCCGUGGUGGUGGAGGGCAAGGUACAGGGGUUGGUCCCGGCCAGCGGCUCCAGCUCCAACAGCACCCGAGAGCCGCCCGCCUCGGGUCGGGUGGCGCUGGUGAAGGUGCUGGACAAGUGGCCGCUCCGGAGCGGGGGGCUGCAGCGCGAGCAGGUGAUCAGCGUGGGCUCCUGUGCGCCGCUCGAAAGGAACCAGCGCUACAUCUUUUUCCUGGAGCCCACGGAGCAGCCCUUAGUAUUUAAGACGGCCUUUGCCCCUAUCGAUACCAACGGCAAAAACCUCAAGAAAGAGGUGGGCAAGAUCCUGUGCACUGACUGCGCCUCCCGGCCAAAGCUGAAGAAGAUGAAAAGCCAGACGGGACAGGUGGGGGAGAAGCAGUCACUGAAGUGUGAGGCAGCAGCAGGCAACCCUCAGCCCUCCUAUCGCUGGUUCAAGGAUGGCAAGGAGCUCAACCGCAGCCGUGACAUUCGCAUCAAGUACGGCAACGGCAGAAAGAACUCACGACUACAGUUCAACAAGGUGAAGGUGGAGGACGCUGGGGAGUAUGUCUGUGAGGCUGAGAACAUCCUGGGGAAGGACACCGUCCGGGGCCGGCUCCACGUCAACAGCGUGAGUACCACCCUGUCGUCAUGGUCGGGACACGCCCGGAAAUGCAACGAGACCGCCAAGUCCUAUUGUGUCAAUGGAGGCGUCUGCUACUACAUCGAAGGCAUCAACCAGCUGUCCUGCAAGUGUCCUGUGGGAUACACCGGGGACAGGUGUCAGCAGUUCGCAAUGGUCAACUUCUCCAAGCAUCUUGGAUUUGAACUAAAGGAAGCCGAGGAGCUGUACCAGAAGAGGGUCCUGACUAUCACCGGUAUCUGUGUGGCUCUGCUGGUUGUGGGCAUUGUCUGCGUGGUUGCCUACUGCAAGACCAAAAAACAGCGGAAGCAGAUGCACAAUCACCUCCGGCAGAACAUGUGCCCAGCCCACCAGAAUCGGAGCUUGGCCAACGGGCCCAGCCACCCCCGGCUGGACCCUGAGGAGAUCCAGAUGGCAGAUUAUAUCUCUAAGAAUGUGCCAGCCACAGACCAUGUCAUCCGGAGGGAAACGGAGACUACCUUCUCUGGGAGCCACUCCUGUUCUCCUUCUCACCACUGUUCCACAGCCACGCCCACCUCCAGCCACAGGCAUGAGAGCCACACGUGGAGCCUGGAACGUUCCGAAAGCCUGACCUCUGACUCCCAGUCGGGCAUCAUGCUGUCAUCAGUGGGCACCAGCAAGUGCAACAGCCCAGCAUGUGUGGAGGCCCGGGCACGGCGGGCAGCAGCCUACAGCCUGGAGGAGCGGCGCAGGGCUGCUGUGCCACCUUACCACGACUCCAUAGACUCCCUGCGCGACUCCCCACACAGUGAGAGGUACGUGUCGGCACUGACCACGCCCGCGCGCCUUUCUCCGGUGGACUUCCACUACUCGCUGGCCACACAGGUGCCGACUUUUGAGAUCACGUCCCCCAACUCCGCGCACGCAGUGUCUCUGCCGCCGGCCGCGCCUAUCAGCUACCGCCUGGCGGAGCAGCAGCCGCUUCUGCGGCAGCCGGCGCCCCCUGGCCCCGGGCCGGGGCCCGGCGCGGACAUGCAGCGCAGCUACGACACGGCGCAGCGCGCACGCGCGGCGAGGGACUCGCUGUCGCUGAGCAGCGGCUCGGGUGGCGGCUCGGCCUCAGGCUCGGACGACGACGCGGACGGGGCGCUGGCGGCAGAGAGCACGCCUUUCCUCGGCCUGCGUGCGGCGCACGAUGCGCUGCGCUCGGACUCGCCGCCGCUGGGCACGGCGGCCGACAGCAGGACUUACUACUCCCUGGACAGCCACAGCACGCGGGCCAGCAGCAGACACAGCCGCGGGCCGCCCCCGCGGGGCAAGCAGGACUCGGCGCCGCUCUAGGGGCCCCCGCCGCCCCGCCGCCCCCCUCCGCCUCGCCUGCCCCACUGUCUUUAAGGAGAACAGAGUCCACCGCCUGGAGAGAGAAAGGAGGAAAAAAAGAAAUAAAAAUAUUUUUAUUUUCUAUAAAAGGAAAAAGGUAUAACAAAAUGUUUUAUUUUCAUUUUAGCAAAAAUUGUCUUAUAAUACUAGCUAACGGCAAAGACGUUUUUAUAGGGAAACUAUUUAUAUGUAACAUCCUGAUUUACAGCUUCGGAAAAAAAAAGAAACAACAAAAAAAAAAGAGAGAUG